AUGCUAGUAGCAGUGACUCUCUUGGCACUUAUAGCCAGUGCAAAGGCUAUAUCCAUUGCUGAUGUUCUCGUAGCAGAGUGGAAAGUGUUCAAGGUGAAGCACAAAAAGACUUACAUUGAUGAGGCAGAGGAGAUGCGAAGAUUUGAAAUUUUCAACAAAAAUAGACUAACAAUUGCCAAACACAAUCAGCGCUGGGCAUCUGGAGAAGAAAGCUACGAAAUGGGUGUCAAUAAGUUCGCAGACCUUCAACAAGAAGAGUUUGAGCGCAAAUAUCUUAUGGAUGAUGUACCUGAGAUCGAUGCUGAUAUGGAAACGGUUUAUAUACCCACCGGCUUUGGAUCACAACCACAACACGUCGAUUGGCGUCAAAAGGGUGCUGUGACUGCUGUUAAAGAUCAGGGUGGUUGCAAAUCCUGCUGGGCUUUUUCAGCAACAGGUGCAAUGGAGGGGCAGCAUUUUCUCAAGACUAAGAGACUUGUUUCGCUUUCCGAACAAAAUUUAAUCGACUGUGUUACACAAAAUUAUGGCUGUGAUGGCGGGAAAUCAGCGGUAGCUCUUCGAUAUGUCAUAAAAAAUAAUGGAGUUGAUACCGAAAAGUCGUAUCCAUAUAAAACCAAAACGGGUAUUUGCCAAUUCAAUAGAUGGAACAUCGGAGCAACUUUUUCUGAUUUCAUUCACAUAUCAAAAGCCAAUGAGACCGAUUUAGCUAAUGCUGUGGCUACAAAGGGACCCGUUGCGGCUGCCAUUAAUGCCCCUCUCGGCUUCCAACUCUACAAAAAUGGCGUUUACAAUAAUUCACGCUGCAAACGUCGUUUGAAUCACGAGGUACUCGUGGUAGGCUAUGGCUGGGAUGACAGAGGAGGCGCUUAUUGGCUGGUGAAGAACUCGUGGAGCAAAUCCUGGGGCGAAAACGGAUACAUCCGCAUGGCUCGCGGUAGAAAUAAUCAGUGCGGCAUUGCGGAUAGAGCUCUAUAUCCUGAGGCUUAG